GUUGGGAGGCGGGGGGGCCGCCGAUUGGCUCGGCGGUGGUGACGUCCGGGGGCUCCCUGGAGGAGGAGGUUUGGAAGCCGGAGCUGCGGGCGGGAGCUGGAGCGGACGGGCCGGGGGAGUCUGCUGGUCCGAGGGGCUCCCCUCCCGACCUACCGCCAUGCUCGACCGGGAGCGCGUCUGGCACUUCUCCUUCGUCGGCUGCGGCUUCCUGAGCUUUUACUACAUCGGGGUCCUCACCUGCUUGAAUGAGCGCGCCCCGCACCUGCUGCUCGGCGCCCGAAAAUUCUGCGGAUCCUCCUCCGGGGCGCUCUGCUGCGCAGUCCACCUCAGCCAGAUACCCCUGGAACUUCUCUGUGAGAUCUUCAUGGAUUUGGUCCGAAGCGCCCGGAGGCGAAACAUCGGGGUGCUCCACCCAUCCUUCAACCCCUACCGGUUCCUCAAAAAGAAAUUGGGCCAACACCUCCCUGCCAACGUCCACCAGCUGGUGUCGGGCAAGCUGUGCGUCUCCCUCACCCGCGUGCCCGACUGGAAGAACGUCCUGGUGUCCCAGUUCCACUCCAAACAAGAUGUCAUCGACCAGCCCCCGCUUCAGGGCAGGGAUAGAACUCAACCCGCCACGUUCCUCUGCCCUCCCCUUCCCCAGGCGCUCCUCUGCUCCACCUUCAUCCCAAUUUACUGCGGCCUGAUUCCUCCUUCCUUCCAAGGCGAGCACUACGUGGACGGGGGCUUGAGCAACAACAUGCCCAUCCUGGACGUGGGGACAACUGUCACGGUCUCCCCAUUCUUUGGGGAAACCGACAUCUGCCCCAAAAUCCAGUCCACAAACUUCUUCUACGUGGACAUUACCCACCUCAACUACCACCUCUCCUUGGGAAAUGUUUACCUCUUCACCAGAACGCUCUUCCCGCCGGAUCAGAAGGAGCUCGGCGAGCUUUGCCACCGCGGGUACCUGGAUACCUUCCGAUUCCUGGAGAUCGCUGGCCUCCUGAAGCCUCCGGCCCCAGACCCGGGCCUUCCGCCCCUCCUCAGCUCGGAACUGCCGGCCGUGGGGCUAGGACUGAAAGGCCGUCCGGAGCCUUCUCUGCAAGAGGUCGACAAUUUACAUGCCCUCCUGUGCCAGACUGUCAUGCCCUGGGAUGAGAGGAUCUUGGGCAUCCUGUCUCCCACCCUGUCCAAAGCCUUGAACACAGCCAUCUGGGAGAGGAGUGGUUUCUGGGUCCAGAUGUCCAGCCUCCUGCCAGUCCGAGUCCUGUCCCUCGUGACCCUCCCCUGUACGCUGCUGGUGGAGUCUGCGUUCAUGGUCCUACAACGGCUGAUUGAGUGGAUUCCUGAUAUUGGCGAUGAUAUCUGCUGGUUGCUGCAGCUGAUCUUUGGCGUUGUCCGCACAGCCAGGUUCCCCCAGUCCCCGCUAACAUAAUCGCCUGGUCGGGCAAUCCCAGAAGCGCCGCUGGAAUCCUGUGGCUGGGGCUCCAAUCUCCACACUCAUCCUUGAUACCAGUCCUGGAAACUGGCCAAACGUGGGCGUGAAUUUCAUCUUCAGACAAUGAAGAAUUACCAGUACUGCACUCUGCACACAGCAGGCACUCCGUACAAUACUCUGUACACAGAAGGCACCCGAUACAGUGCUCUGCAUGAACUAGAUGCCAAUAGAUUCUAUUGAUUGGCUGGUUGGUAUCCAAGCAGGGAAGAGUUUGUUUACCUGUGGCCUGGCAACCCGGAGGCCUGAUUGCCCAAGAAACCGCGCCCCCCUGGGCCUGAGACAGCUGACCCCCGCAGAACGAAUGAGCAGGUCGGACAAUGUGGCCUGAGUUGUUUGGACGCUCUCUGCCCCAGCCCUGCCCGGCCAUCUGUGCUGAGGGUAGCCGGUGCAGUAGCCCAUCUCUGUAAACUCCUUGUGGGAAGGGAAUGUGUCUAUUUGUCGUUAUAGAGAAGCAGUGAGGCUCAGUGGAAAGA